CUCUCAACUAACACACCGCACACAACAUGGACCAAGAAGAACAGCAAUUCCGCCAAGAAGUCGAAGCCGUCAAGCAGUGGUGGGCCUCCCCCCGCUUCAAGAACGUCAAGCGUCCCUACACUGCCGAAUCCAUCGUUUCCAAGCGUGGUACCUUCCCCGUUCAAUACAGAUCUGAUGUUCAGGCCAAGAAGAUGUGGAACCUCAUCCAAAAGAACAAGCGCACUGGCGAAACCAGCCACACCUUUGGUGCCCUUGACCCCGUCCAGAUCACCCAGAUGGCUUCUGCCGGAAUCGAGACUGUCUAUGUGAGCGGUUGGCAAUGCUCUUCGACCGCCUCAACCAGCAACGAGCCCGGUCCUGAUCUUGCUGACUAUCCUAUGGACACUGUGCCUAACAAGGUCGAACAUCUCUUCUUUGCCCAGCUUUUCCACGAUCGUAAGCAACGCGAAGCCCGUUUGGCCAUGACCCCCGAAGAACGCGCAAAGACACCUUACGUCGACUACUUGCGUCCCAUCAUUGCUGAUGCUGACACCGGCCACGGUGGUGUCACUGCCACCAUGAAGCUCGCCAAGAUGUUUGUCGAACGCGGUGCUGCCGGUAUCCACAUUGAAGAUCAAUCUGCCGGCACCAAGAAGUGUGGUCACAUGGCUGGUAAGGUGCUCGUCCCCACUGGUGAACACAUCAACCGUCUGGUUGCCAUCCGUGUCCAAUACGAUAUCAUGGGCGUCGAGAACCUUGUUGUUGCCCGUUCGGAUGCCGAGGCUGCUACUUUGAUCAGCAGCAACAUUGAUACCCGCGACCACGAAUUUAUUGUCGGUACCACCAACCCCAACUUGCCUGCCUUGGCCGAUUUGAUGAACGAAGCCGAGCGAUCUGGUUUGAGCGGUGAUGAUUUGCAGGCUGUGGAGGACAAGUGGAUUGCCCAGGCUGGUUUGAAGCGUUUCGGCUCUGCUGUUGCUGAUGAGCUCCGCAACUCUGGCAAGGCCCAUCAGGCUGAUGACUUCUUGGCCAAGAUCCACUACAAGUCUAACAAGGAGGCUCGUGAGAUUGCCAAGUCGUAUGGUGUUGAUAUCUUCUGGGACUGGGAUUUGCCUCGUGUUCGUGAAGGCCACUACCGCUACGAGGGUGGCACUGAAGCCGCUACCUCGCGUGCUGUUGCUUAUGCUCCCUACGCCGAUAUGUUGUGGAUGGAAACCAAGAAGCCUAUCCUCUCGCAGGCCGAGCAGUUCUCGCAGGGUGUCUUGUCCAAGUCGCCCGAGUCGUUGCUCUGCUACAACUUGUCUCCUUCCUUCAACUGGGAUGCUGCUGGCAUGAGCGAUGACGAGAUUAAGACCUUUGUUGCCAAGCUCGGUAAGCUCGGCUUCGUCUGGCAAUUCAUCACCUUGGGUGGUCUCCAUGCCAACGCCUUGGCCACCGCUACCUUCGCCCGCGCCUACAAGCAACAGGGCAUGUUCGGUUAUGUCAACAACGUCCAGCGCCAGGAGCGUGCACAUGAUGUUGACGUUCUCCAGCAUCAAAAGUGGUCUGGUGCCACCUAUGUCGACAACGUCAUGAAGAUUGUCACUGGCGGUGUUGCCUCUACUGCUGCCAUGGGCAAGGGUGUCACUGAGGACCAGUUCAAGAAAUAAAGUGGGAAUCUCUCCCCUUUGGACCUCGCCAAAAGCAUGAAAAUUACAUCAACAACAACCCUCCUAAAAAAGAGCGCCCAAUUUUUACACACGCACACAACCGCUUCCCAUACAUUGUAAACAUCUGUUGAUUCCCACUUAUCCUCCUCUUCUCCUCUUUAUUUGCGUCUCUUUGAAAAAUAACCUCAUUUUGUGUAUAUUAAUGUUCCCUCUUUCUCUUUCCUCGCGUUCUCUUUUAAUAAACCAUCACUAAAAAAAACGCAUAUCCAUGUUGGGAAAAAAGAUGAUUUCGGUUUGUAAUUCCGUGGAUCCGUUCCGCGGCAUGGCUCCAGUACUCCG